AUGUCUGCCGAAGGUACCGAGACCAAGCCCACGCGCCCCCGCGUCUUCUUCGACAUUACUGUCGGCGGUAAGUCCGCCGGCCGUAUCACGAUGGAGCUCUACAGCGACCUCGUCCCCAAGACGGCAGAGAACUUCCGCUGCCUCUGUACCGGCGAGAAGGGCCUGGGCAAGUCCGGCAAGCCCCUCCACUACAAGGGCUCCGGCUUCCACCGCGUCAUUAAGCAGUUCAUGAUCCAGGGCGGUGACUUCACCGCCGGCAACGGCACCGGCGGCGAGUCCAUUUACGGCGCAAAAUUUGAGGACGAGGCCUUCCCCGUCAAGCACGACCGCCCUUUUCUCCUGUCCAUGGCCAACGCUGGACCUGACACCAACGGCUCCCAGUUCUUCCUGACCACCGUCCCGACGCCCCACCUCGACAACAAGCACGUCGUCUUCGGCGAGGUCCUCAACGGCAAGUCCGUCGUGCGCCACAUCGAGAACCUCCCUACCGAGUCGGGCGACAAGCCCGUUAAGGAGGCCAUCAUCGCCGACUGCGGCGAGCUCACCGGCGAGGCCGCCCUCACUGCCGACGUCAAGGCUCCGGACGCCUUCGGCGACACGUACGAGGACUUCCCCGAGGACUGCGCGAACCCGCCUGAUGCCAAGGAGGUCGUCAAGAUCGCCACCGCCUGCAAGGACUUUGGCAACAAGGCCUUCAAGGCUGGCGAUUUCAACCUCGGCCUCGAAAAGUACCAGAAGGGCCUGCGCUACCUUAACGAGGACCCGGACCUUGAGAAUGAACCCGCCUCGACCAAGGCGGAGCUCGAGGCCCUCCGCUUCUCGCUCAACAACAACUCGGCCCUACUCAACCUUAAGCUCGAGGCCUGGGAGGACACCGUCAAGUCGGCCACGUACGCCCUUGAGGUCCCCGGCACCAAGGACGUGGACCGCGCCAAGGCCCUCUACCGCCGCGGCUUCGCCAACGUACGUCUUAAGGACGAGGAGACCGCCGUCAAGGACCUCGAGGAGGCGCACAAGCUCGUUCCGGACGACAAGGCCAUCCUCAACGAGCUCAACGCCGUCAAGCAAAAGGCAGCCGCCCGUGCGGCCAAGGAAAAGGCGGCGUACAAAAAGUUCUUCCAAUAG